AUGAACAGGUUUACACCCUUAAUUUGCAGCAAACCUUGCUUAUCAAGGCUUCGAAUCGCUAUUAGUGAAGCUUAUACAGGGAGUAGUCAUGUGUGGACUCCACACUGUGGAGCUUUUCUUCUUAUAGAAUUGCUUUCCUAUAUGAAAGCAGUUGAAGAGUGUACUGGUUGGUACACUCCCUACCCUGAUGAUGAUAAAGUUUUUUAUCUUAGUGUUCAUAUUAGGAUAUAA